UAGGCAUUAUUCAUUGUUGCGAGGCAAAGUAGCUACGUCUCUGACUGAAUUGCUUCCCAAAUCAAUUUGCAAGCUAGUAGUAGUUGUGUUGAUUGUAGUGUAAGGAAAAACGAGUGGCACACCGAUAUAGCUAGGAUAUGUUCAAUAAGCUAGCUAGUUAAUUACAAAACGCCUUAAGAGCUAAUGUAAUUUUCGAAGAAACUGUCGGUUGUUUCAUUAACAAAUAAUGUGACAACUGUAUGUUGAGGAUACAGAUUAAGCCUUCUAGCCAUUGACCACUUACUACGUUGGUUGGCCAGUUAUUUCGGAACAUGGCUGGUUGUAGACAUCUAUUAUUGUGUCUUCCCCUUUAAAACAUUGAGUGGUCACCUUGUUGUCACGGGAAGCAGUGGUCCACUCUCGUUGAAAACAAGCUAACGUUAGCUAGCUAGCGAAACAUAGCUCGCUAGCUAGCAAAUAUAUUAGCAAUACAUUGAGUUACAACGAAUGGCCGGUUAUUGGGAUGUUUGUUACUCCACACCACUAUAAUAUCAACAGGGAAUAGUUUAUAGAAGUAGCUAAAGUAGCAGGUAAGGUAACACUAAACUAUCGUUGAAUUCACUGACUCAGUAUAGUGCUAGCAGCCAGGUUGUUAAGGAACGACGGCUUAAUAACGUUAGCUAACAUUAGUUCAUAGUAUUGGCCUAGACGGGCUAAGGGAGCAACGACAUAGCUAGCUACGAGAGGUUGUCAAAAUAAAUGUACUCUAUGUCUAUCGUAAAACCACGUUGUUUAGCUAGCGACCAUUUACAUUAGCUAAGUAGCUAGUAUAGUAACCAUUGCUACUACGUUAACGUUUGAAGCUAUAUGGAAUAAUUAAUCUAGCUUGCUAGUGAAGGCCUACUCCUGCCUAAUAAGCCUGGAAAAGAAAACUAGUGAAGAAUGACCUGACCUAGUCUGUCCAGCAUGAUCAUCAAUUAAAAAUCACAGGAAAGGUUGGUUGUCGAGGCGACUUCCAAGACAGGUAAGAUGGAAGUGCUGUGUUUCCGGUUGCCGGGUCAUGGUGAUGCAACCCUCAAAAGUAUGAACUCCCUGAGGUCCAAGCAGCAGUUCUGUGACAUCACCAUUGUGGCCAGCGGCAGACAGACAUUCCGGGGACACAAAGUUGUCCUGGCAGCCUGCUCCCCUUUUCUGAGAGACCAGUUCCUGCUCAACCCUUCUUCUGAACUGCAGGUUUCGGUCCUUCACAGCUCCUCUGUGGUGUGUGAGCUUCUCCAGUCCUGUUACACCGGGGUGCUCCAGUUCAGUCCCAAGGAGAUAGUGAAUUACCUGACGGCCGCUAGCUACCUGCAGAUGGAGCAUGUUGUGGAGAAGUGCCGGGGAGCCCUGGGCAAGUACAUGCAGCCAAGGAACCCCACUUCAUCAAAGAUCAAGUCAGAGGAGAGCAACACGAUGCCAGUGAUAGUCAGCGGCAGCAGUCACUCACUCUUGUCAUCCUCUGCGGACCAUUCUCCCUCCCAGCAGCCUCCAAGCCCUGGACAAUCACAAGAUGACGACCAGACAGACUCAAACACACAGACGGACAUACGGCACGAUGACGACACACUGGACGAGAUUAAGGUGAAGGUCACAGAAGAGGACGAGGGCAGGGAGGAUUAUGACGUUUUCCGAAUCUGCAUUGAAGAUGAACAGGAGCCGGCGGAGCGUCAAGAGGGAGAGGAGGGCGCUGAGGAAGCCACAGAGGGGCUCCAGGGAGGCCGUUACACAGGAACGGACAGUGUCAUCGGGGUGGAGGGCGAGGGAGAUGACGUGACCCCAGCCGAAAUGGCCCAGCGAGUGGGUGGCUUUGAGAGGGAGGGGCUGCGCGCCUGGAGGCGGAGACUCACUGACUCACCCAAGGUGGGACGCGGGAGGGGUAGGGGGAGGGGCUUCAAGAGGAAGCGGGCCUCUUACCGCGAGAGGGAGAGGCGGCCUCUGGGCAUGCAGUAUCAGGAAGCGUGGCGCCUGCCCACUGGGGCAGAGCUGAUGCAGGGAUUCGGCCUGGACUUCGGCCAGGAAGCCAUGAGGUCAGGGUUCCUUUCAGAGGGUGAGCUCCCAAGACUGGACUAUGGGAUGGGGAUGGCGGAGGGCCAGGGAGAUGACCUGGGCCCCAGGGAUGGGAACAGUCUGCCCCAUUACAGCCUGGAUGACCCCAGUGGGGAUGGAGGGGAGGGCAGUAUGGGGAUGGGGACUGUCCCAGCUGGGGUCGACGAGGCGGGGGAUGAGUCGGUGGCGGUGGUGGGCUCAACCUCCAGCACAUCAGGGCCGGUGGCGUGCGAGCACUGCGGCCUCUCUUUCCCCUCAGCCCAGUCCCUGGCAGUGCACUCGCGUGCCACCCACCUGCUAUAUGUGUGCCCCUGCUGCGGACAGCACUUCAACCACUCCAGCAACCUGAACCGCCACAUGGCCGUGCACCGCGGCGCCAAAGUGCACAGCUGCCCAUUGUGCCACAAGACGUUCACACAGAAGUCCACGCUGUGCGACCACAUGAACCUGCACAGUGGCGAGCGGCCCCACUGCUGCGCCUACUGCCACUCGCGCUUCGCCCACAAGCCGGCGCUACGGCGCCACCUUAAGGAACAGCACGGUAAGACCACCGGUCAGAACAGUCUGGAGGCGCAGGCCAAGAUGGAGAGAGCGGUUCCUGGGGGAGGAGAGGAAGGACCCACGGGACAAAUUUGACUUUCGGCAGGAACACUAAUACAAGGUGAAGGGUGAGGAGAAUGUCUUCCUUUAACCCACCACUCGGCCAAAGUGUACACUCGUCGAAUUUGGAUCAAGUGUUACAGAUUGCGGUUUGAGGUAAAGAAAUUCAAAUAAAAUUAAAGUUACGAUAUGGGUCAAGCAAGUGGCUGUGUAACUGCUUUCCAAUGAGUGGCAUGGAGCAUGCCUUCAUAUUUAAAGGUUGGAAAAAGACAGUGUGUGUACUGGAUGGACUUGCUAAGGUGAAGGGAAAAGCACUUGUUUUAGAUGUAAGGUGCACAGGUCCAGUUCUUUUUAUGGGAGGUAGAGUGUGCUGCACUGGCUCUGACUGAAAAUGUUAAGGUGCUCCUCCACAGAGAUAACAUUUUGCUGUUUGAACUUAGUAUCUUUCUUAAUAUUUUUUUGGAGUGAUGACAUUGAUCUAGCAACUGUAUAUUGGGGAAACACUGUGGACUGAUAAUUUAUCUUUCAACAAUUCAACACUUUGGGAAAGUGACUGACAAUUGGACAGUAUGACUGAAGUUCCAUGUUCCAAGUUUAGAAAUUGUUUAAUUUUUAACUCACCGGCCAACCAAUAAAACAUUUUCAUUUGUGUAUUUAUUUAACAGGAUGACCUUAAAAUCUGGUUGUUGACCGGUUGUGAAGUUCAGGUUCUUUGUGACAUUGUGUGUCAACUACAAUUCUUACACAGUCUACAGCAUUUUUAGGGGAUUCCAGAAUAAUUGGAAAUAAAGUAUUCAGAUGCCUUUA